AAUGAAAGAUCCCUUUAAGGACAUGAUGCAAGGCCUCUCAAAGAAACAGCUUUAAGACUGUGACAUUUAUUCUUUUCUCUUUUUUUCUUUUCUUUUUUUUUUUUUUUUGUAAAUAUGUGAUUGUGCUGUUUGUUUGUUUUUAGAUUUUACUUUAAUAAAGGAAAGAAACUUCAAUUUCUCUUGUAUUUUUUUAAUCUCAAGUUCACAAAUCUGUAUUGACAUCUCAAGGAAAAAUGCUGAUUUGCAUGAUAAACUAUAGUUUUGCUCUAAAUAUGUUUAUAGCAUAAGGAGUAACAUUUAUUAAUACACAGGAGUAUUUAAAGGGCACUAGGUUUUGAAAUAUUUCCCUCAUAUCUGAAUAUAAUAAAUUGCACAAUUAAAUCCUUAAUUUCCUCCAAAUCUGCAAGACUUUGUUCAUUGGGUGACUGAAGCACAACAUCUUCUAACUGUGAACAUUUGUAAGCGUAAAUUUUUCAUGCAGCAAAGUAUAUUAAAACAUAAAUUGCAUAAGAAGGAGAAGCAUUUUAUGUAAAUGGAAAGGUGUCUUUCCUGUGCAGAUGUGCUCAACCCUGUCUCAGAGAUGCAGAUGGUUUUCAGUUCUGCUUUCGGUUGCUAUUUCAGCUUGACUGUUACUUAACGCUUCCAUCUGCUAUUUGCUAUGUUCUCUGAAGCAUGUUUGUGAUUUCCUUUUCUGUCCAUUUUUUUUUUCUAUUCCAGUAUCUGCAACUUUAAAAACUCUCAUGAUGUAAAUAACCACCCCACUGAAGCAUUAACAGCUUUUUUUUUUUUUUUUUUUUUUUUUUUUGUGGAGCACCAUAUCAUAAUAUCAUUAUUUUGUAUGUUUAUUUGAAUUUACUGGAAAAAAAAAUCAUAUAAUUGAUUUUAAUAUUUAUAAACUUUGUGCCUCUUAUAUCUUCUGUUUAAAACACAUUGCCCAAGUUAAUGGAUUCUUUCUUUGUUUUAAUAGUAAAACGUGUCCUUGUGCCCACUAUGGCUCUGCUGAGUAAAGAGGAAGGUGAUGGCAUCGUGUUGGAGUGCCAGUUGAAGGAUUAUUACCCAAAUAAAGUUACUGUACAAUGGUUUAGUGAUAAUCGGCCUCUCACUGCUAAAAAUAAUAAAGAGUUGCAGAACACUGAUAAAGCAGAUAAAAGUUUUACUUACAUAAGUCAAAUAUCUAUCGGCACUCAGUAUGAAGACAAGCGGUACACUUGUAAAGCCACCCACGAGACUAAAGAGAUCAAAGAGGAAUAUAGCUUGUGCAAGUUAAAGUCUGUGCUCAAACCUUCAGUUGAAGUAAAGAGACCUCGUCUCGAAGAAAUUUUGAAGGAGAACAAAGUCAAAUUUUCUUGUACUGUUAAAGCGCCACACACCACUACAGUGUCAUGGUUGGCAAAUGGUGUCCGUAAAGGUGGUACCAUUUCCAAAGAACAGCCCAAUAUCAUUGUAAACAAUUUGACUUUGACCACAAGUGAAUGGUCGAACCUGAAGACUAUUGCUUGUAUUGUUAAACAUCCAUGUUUCCCAGAAGAGAGAGCUGAAAUUCCAGCUGAUGAUAAGCAAAAGGAUCCUGUAGUAGUGAUCAGGAGGCCUUUCCAGAAAUCAGCUCAGUCUGGCAGUGCUUUGCUGGAGUGUGUUGUAAAAGAUCUCUCCUCUGGUGAUGUCUGCAUCAAAUUCCAGGCCAACAAUGCUGAUAUCUCAGGAUUCAUUUGUACGGAUUGUGCCCCUUCUGAAAACACUUGGUCCCUGACCACACCUUUUGCAAUACCUAUUGAGCACCAGAAGAAAGGAAACACCUUUACCUGUACAGUUUACAGACCCUUCAAACAGUGGAAUUCACAACCCACUGGAAACAUUUUUGAUGAUCCUACCAUAGAGCUUGUUGUAGUUCCCAGUGUGGGUCAGUCUAGUUCAGAGCCACAGAAGCUGCUGUGUUCUGGGGAAGGAUUUGACCCGAAGAUCAAAUGGAUUUCAAACAAAUUAGAGAAACAAAGCACAGCUUUAGAGGUCACAAUGAUGGAGAACGGCCGUGUGAAAGUGUACAGUGAGAUAUCUGUGCCACAGACAGAGUGGAAUCAAGAGGUCACUUACACCUGUCAAAUUGUCGAUGGACAAAGUAGAAAAACUAAAGAAAAAGACAUCAGAAUUUGUGGAGGUAAACGUGCCAUAAGUGACAGGAAUGAGUUCAAACCUUCAGUUGAAGUAAAGAGAGCUCGUCUCGAAGAAAUUUUGAAGGAGAACAAAGUCAAAUUUUCUUGUACUGUUAAAGCGCCACACACCACUACAGUGUCAUGGUUGGCAAAUGGUGUCCGCAAAGGUGGCACCAUUUCCAAAGAACAGCCCAAUAUCAUUGUAAACAACUUGACUUUGACCACAAGUGAAUGGUCGAACCUGAAGACUAUUGCUUGUAUUGCUAAACAUCCAUGUUUCCCAGAAGAGAGAGCUGAAAUUCCAGCUGGUGAUACGCAAAAGGAUCCUGUAGUAGUGAUCAGGAGGCCUUUCCAGAAAUCAGCUCAGUCUGGCAGUGCUUUGCUGGAGUGUGUUGUAAAAGAUCUCUCCUCUGGUGAUGUCUGCAUCAAAUUCCAGGCCAACAAUGCUGAUAUCUCAGGAUUCAUUUGUACGGAUUGUGCCCCUUCUGAAAACACUUGGUCCCUGACCACACCUUUUGCAAUACCUAUUGAGCACCAGAAGAAAGAAAACACAUUUACCUGUACAGUUUACAGACCCUUCAAACAGUGGAAAUCACAACCCACUGGAAACAUUUUUGAUGAUCCUACCAUAGAGCUUGUUGUAGUUCCCAGUGUGGGUCAGUCUAGUUCAGAGCCACAGAAGCUGCUGUGUUCUGGGGAAGGAUUUGACCCGAAGAUCAAAUGGAUUUCAAAAUCUAUGGAGAAACAAAGCAAAGCUUUAGAGGUCACAAUGAUGGAGAACGGCCGUGUGAAAGUGUACAGUGAGAUAUCUGUGCCACAGACAGAGUGGAAUCAAGGGGUCACUUACACCUGUCAAAUUGUCGAUGGACACAGCAUGAAACCUACACAAAAUAAAAGCAUCAAUAUUUGUGGAGUGAUUGCACCUUCCAGUCAGAAGGCAGCGGUCUACCUGCUGGGUCCUUCCCAAAAUCACAUGGGAUCUGGCACAGCUCUGUAUUUGACCUGUUUGGUUGUUGGUCAGAGUGUCAAGCAUUUCUCCAUCCAGUGGAAAGUGAAUGGAACUGUUCAUAAACAUAAUGUCAAUGAACAGAAUUCCACAGAUCAUGCCAAUGGCACUCAAAGCAAGAAAAGUUUUCUGGAGGUUUCAAAUCAACAAUGGAAUGCACAUGCUCUCUUUUCCUGUGAGGUAAAGCAUUUGUGCUCUACUGUUACACAGCAGCAGAACAUCUCAAAAACCAUAGAGCCCAAACAACCCAUUGUGAGCAUCCUCCGACCCUCAGACAGCGAUCUCUCUGGACCCCAAAAUACCAACCUUCUUUGCUUCAUCACCGGUUUCUUCCCAUCUGAUAUCUCCGUAGAGUGGCAACUAAAUGGGACGAAACUCAAUGAGUCUCACUUCACUAACAGUCCUGUGGUUGCUCACACUUCAGGAGGUUUUUCAAUGCAUAGUGCCCUAAUAUUGCCUGCAUCACAGUGGAAAGAAGGCAUGUACUCUUGCAUUGUUUCUCAUGAGUCAUCCCAACGUCUAUUUACCGCAACUUUGGAGAAUUUGUAUGCUUCGGUGAUCCCCUCUGCUCCAUCUGUAGAGCUGCUGCAGAGUGCUAGUAGGCUGGUGUGUCUGGUGUAUGGUUUCAGCCCAUCUGCCAUCAACAUCACCUGGCUGCUUGGAACGACUGAAGUGUCUGCCCAAAAUGAUACCAACCCCGCGAAAGGCCCUGAUGGAAAAUUUAGCAUCCGAAGUUACCUGCAGAUCCAGCCUGCAAGCUGGGCACCUGGUGAGGUGUACAGCUGCAGAAUCACUCAUGCUACUGGUACCCAGUCGCAUAACAUUUCCAAAUCAGCAAUGUUUGAAGAGGCUAUAUUUAUGAAUGAGAAUAAACCUGAAUCUAUCACACAGGAUACUGUUGAAGAAGCAUGGAAUAUGGCCUGUGCCUUUCUCGCCCUCUUCCUCCUCUCUCUUCUCUAUGGGUGCACAGUGACAUUGGUCAAAGUGAAGCCUGAAUGAGCAACAUUUGUGUGUGUGUGUGUGUUUCUCUGGUUUCCUUUGCAUUUAGUUUUUUUAGUUUAUGCAUUUUCUUUAAGUUUUAUUAGCUUUGCAUAAGUGAUAUGGUAAAUAUCAACUUUUGGCCCUGUGGACAUUUAAAUAUAAUUAAAUAAACAUAAAAGUGAAUAAAUCUUCUAACACACUUUUUAUUUAUUUAAUCUCUCUGUACUAACAAUAUAUAGCAGUCUAUAAACAUAUCACAUGAGAUUUCUGUCAUUUUUUUUAAAAUUAGUUCAGAAAGUUCCAUUGUAUCUCAAAUUGUGCAUUGUGUGUUUAAAAACAUUCUGUAAUGAAAUAAAAUUUUGGAAUGAAA